AUGGGCCCAACACCUCCGAGAACGCCAACAGCCAGGAAAUCUCUCCCAGGCUCACCGUCCGCCACAACACCAAAUGCCACAGCUUUAGGUUCGCCCAUAGUCAUACAGAAGCGCAAGUGGCAGGGCGAUAACGUACCAUUACCUUUGCAAGGUCUGACGCAGCCAGAGGAUGAAGGCGAGAGUGCGCCCGUCGCUCAAAUGACACCUACAAAGAGGCGGAGGUCAGAAGACGAGAUCAAGGUGGAGCCUCAGUACCGCGCUAUGCCUGCAGCUCCCCUUCCAACCCAAAGCUUCGCCCAAAAUCCAGCAGCAUUCCCCUCGAGGCCACCGCAGUCCCAGCAGCACACUUUGCGGCUUGCCUACCCAGAUGACUGGCGCCAGAGAAUCUUCAUGAACGCCCUCCAGAGCAAUCAGAAUCUUAUUCCAGGGAAUGUUGCCACCACUACCAUGACAUCGCAGCACAUCGAUAGAUUCGCCAAUGCCAUGUGGCAGGUCGUCUUCAACCACGAGAACACGAUGCGGGACGUUACUGCAAGAUCAGCCAUGUUCUCGACGCUGAAGCUUCGUGCAUUGGCCAGACUCAACUACCUGCCCAGUUGGUGGCAUUUGCGUGAGAUGGCAUGUAUUGUUAUGAUGCGUAUGAAAUGGAUUAUAGAUGACAGUGAGAUGCAAGGGCUUUGGAUGGAGACUGUGGAAUGGUGUGGGAGGGUAGAAACUAAGAUGGGAAUCCAUACCGAUGGAGCUGGAGUGCCGAAGCAACAUGAUGAAGACGACGCUCAGGAAGGAGUUGGAAAGGUCGAGUCGUGA